GAAUGAUUUAGUGCCGCUGCAAAGUUUUGUCUUUAUUACAAGCUUAAAACCAUCUGUAUGAUAAGAAAUAGCAAACGGUAGCAAUUUUCCCUCCCCCCGAUGACGAACGUGAACAAACCACACGUUUAAAGUAUAAUUUCUUCUGAACAUCAGAAAUAGAAGAUAGCCGCUUCAUCAAGAAACUAUGACUAAAGAUGCCAACGACCCGAACAGGAACUCCGUCGUUCCCAUCUACUCCCACGUCGUUUAGCAACUCCUCGCGACGCGGGAGGUCGAGGUUUCAUAUGUGCGAAAAUUUUGGCUCCGGCGACGCGGACAGCAACGGAUUGUCGCCGUCCUGCCCGUCGUCCUCUGUGUCCGCCGAGGACGAUGAUUUUGAUAAAGACUGCGGUAAUUAUGGGUGUCCACAAGAAAGUGAAAGAACAAUUGGAGGAGAUGAAAGUGAAACGCAGCCGCUUUUCGUUUCUCGUCCCUCAACAGCAAGAACGCCCACGCGAGGACGGGCAGGUUAUUCUGGGCAAGAAGUUCUUUCUCGAAAAAGACAACUCCUGGAUGAAACAAACUUUCCGGCGUAUUUUCCAC